AUGUCUAUGGACAACAAAAAGAGGCCAGCAGGUUCUUCCAACACUGGGAACUUGGUUUACUGGUCCUCCUGGUUUCCACGGCAACCAGCCAGGGUCCUAAUUGUGGAGGCACUGCCACCCUGGUGGUCAGAGACCUCUACGGUGCUCUGUGAUGCUUUGGAUAACUUCCUGUCCCUGGCCUGUAGUCUCGAUGGACCCUGUAGGAUACCAUUACUCAGCCUGUACGCCAUCAGCAGGCAGCAGGAAUGUUUACUGCCAUUUGUGCAGGUCCGUGGUAACCUGGCCAGACUGCGCUCCUGUGUGGAGGAGCUAAGGACUAUUUCAGGUGAAGGUUGUAUCAGAGGAGCUGCCAGAGGAGGUGAUCUGCUGCGACAGGCAGUGCUGGACAGUCUGCAGCAGUUUAAACAGUACACUAGACAUACCAGCACUGGCAGCAACAAUAUAUCUUUGGAGAUCACAGUUGUGACUAGCCAGCCAGGGCGAGGCAUUGUUCGCCUGUUGGAGAUGAGCCUCAAAGAUGCCGACCUGGCGUCACUGAAGCGGCUCCUGGUGCUGCAGAUCUACAGUGCUACAGACUGGGGCCAGGACAGCCCCUUACCUGAAGCCACACAAGCUGAGACCGAAGAUUGUCUGAUGUUGGGAACAGAGGUUGACCUGCAGCAGGUGGAAAACAGCGUGUUCGCUAUGGAGAUGGUGUUGAAGGCGUGGCUUCAAGAGCAGGGAGGAGACAGAGAGCACCUGCAUCUCCUGCUGCCCAGUCCCCAGGACAGUCCCAUUCAAGGGACAGUGUGUGUGAAGUGUGACAUGCAGGAGCGUCUGAUAAGCCCUGCCCUCAUCCCAAUGAGCCCCAACCUGGGAGUGAAGACUGAGAGCGUGCGGGACUUCCUGCCUGCAACUAAGGGAGCAGCCAGUCAGAGCCAACCGCCACGGAGGCUGAAAGCAAUCAAGACUCUGCGAGCAGAUGGAGUGUGUGAGAGUGUGUUGUACGGCCUGCCACUGGUGAUCCGCCCCACCACCUGCUGGCAGCUGGACUGGGAUGAAAUGGAGAGCAACCACAACUUGUUCCACGCUCUGUGCCACACACUCAGGAGUCGUGACCUGUUCCUGCUGCUGCAGGUGGAGCCCACACAGAGGUCUGCAGCUGGAGACUCAGGUGUGUAUUCUCACUACGUCCUGCAGCCGUCCCCGUCUCUCUCGCUCCUCAUGAAGCCUGUGGUCUCCAGAGAGCUCCUGCUGCCCUGCUCUCUGCUUGUCUCCACUCAGGAACCUGCUCCAGAUGCCAUGAACACUAUACAGGGUUGUGUGGCUCAGCUGGAGGAGGAGUGUGUGUUCAACCCUCUGUCUCUGAGCAGUAACCUGCACCAACACCUCAGGAGCAGAGGCCUUCUGUCACAGCCGCGAUACCCGUACAGGAUGCAGCCCGCAGCUUCCCACAGAGACCAGUCUCAACCAGCAGAGGGCCCUAAAUCCACUGGCAACAAACAGCAGCGGCAGCCACAAAACCACGGCCGCCAACUGGGAAUGAACAGCAAGGUCAGAGCCACUGUUGCUCCCCUGCCCUCCUCCCACUCCUUCUCCUCCUUCUCCUCCUUCUCCUCCUCCUCCCUGGGACCUCCUCCUGCUAAGGCAUCUCGCCCGGCUCUGAUGCUCCUCAGCAGCAACAGCAGUGGAAGCCGUCGGGCCCCUUCUCGACAUGAGGAAGACAACAAUGAUGAUGAUUACUCCAUUCAAUAAAAAGAGUGGUGAGAGGUGACAGCGGGAGAGAUGGAGGUGUAGAAGAGCAUCCUCAAAUAGCCAUUUUCCACACACACUUUCAGCAGCCUGACCUGCCACUUUAACUUUUGAAACCUGGAUUGCCAUCA